CUCCUAGGAGGCAGCACACUGGCAGCGAAGGCAGCCUACCAAUGAGAGGUGGAAACUGAGCUCUCUCUCUCUCUUUUUUUACUCUUUGGAUCUUUGGAAAACCUGCUGUGUGAUGUUGCAGUCAUUUCUGAUCUGAGCACAGGAGUGCUCUCUAUCCCUCCUGAUCUACAGUCAGGGCAACUUGGCUGUCGAGGAAAGUGUUUUGCCAGGUGUUCCCGUGCAAUCUGAGAAGAGUUUUUUCUUUCUAUCUCUCUACCUAUCUUGGAAUAAUAGUGCCAUGCCUUCUGGAUUGCAAUACAGCCUCUUUCUCUUCUUGUGCCUAACAUCAUGUCAGGAAUCUCGAGCAUCCCAGAACUGCAUGAACAAGCAGCAGCUUCUGACUGCCAUCCGCCAAAUGCAGCAAUUUCUAAAGGGGCAGGAAACGAGAUUUGCCGAGGGGCUCCGUGUCAUGAAACACCGGCUGACGACUCUGCAAAACACAGUCAUGAAAACCACCCCUGACCCACCAGCUGUGUUCUGCCCUGCCCUGGAUGCCCCACUGAAUGGCAAAAGAUUUGGCACCAAGAACAUGGUGGACCAUGAAGUUCAUUUCACCUGCGAUCCUGGAUUCCGACUCGUCGGCUCCAGUUCUCGAGUGUGUCAGCCAAACGGCAGCUGGACAGGAGAUGUUCCUGAGUGCACAGAUAUUGGGGUUUGCACCAGUCACCUGUGCCAGAAUGGAGGAACAUGUGUUGACCGAGGUGAACACUACAAAUGCUUUUGUCCCCAGGAGUGGACAGGCCCCAACUGCCAAUAUCAAACGCAGACGGUACCACCAGAAUGGAGCGUAACAGAUGAUCCGGCGUUCAGCCGUAAACCUCGCUGCGCCAAAUUUGACCGGAUGCAGCAGUGCAGCUGCGAAGCAGGCUUCCAUAUGAGCGGCACAGCAGAAAACAGCAUCUGCCAGGAUGUGAAUGAAUGUGAAGUUUACAAGCUGGAGGGAGCCCCUCGUCUCUGUAUGCACACCUGCAUAAACAUUCCUGGCUCCUACCGCUGUUCCUGCCCCAGAGGAUACCAGAUCUUCACCGACGGGAAAAGCUGUGAAGACAUCGACGAGUGUGCUCUCUCAUUGCACAACUGUACCAUGGGAACGACGUGCAUUAAUACAGGAGGAAGCUUUCAGUGUGUUAAUCCAGAGUGCCCCAAGCCCAGUGGAAACAUCAGCUAUGUGAAAACAUCGCCGUUCCAAUGCGAACGGAACCCAUGCCCAAUGGACAGCAGAUCAUGCCACCACGCCCCGAAGACCAUCUCCUUCCAUUACCUCCCUCUGCCGUCCAACCUCAUCACUCCCACCGCCCUCUUCCGCAUGGCGACUGCGUCGGCUCCUGGGCGGCCUGGCCCCGACGGCCUGCGCUUUGGGAUCGCAGCAGGCAACGGCCAGGGCCAUUUUGUCAUGCAGCGCUCGGACAGGCAGACCGGCGAGCUCAUCCUCGUCCAGAGCCUGCAAGGCCCUCAGACCACAGAAGUGGAAGUCGACAUGACCGAGUAUCUGGACCGCACCUUCCAAGCGAAGCACGUCUCGAAGAUUACCGUCUUCGUGUCGGCUUACGAGUUUUAACGGAAGCCGUUUGCACAGGGGAGGAAAAGAAGCAGCUUGCGGCCUGCUCUCAUUCAUCCAGAACUUUUGGUUCUAACCACCAGCUAUUCUAACCACAAAAGCCGGAACAGACAUCAGGCAUUGCUGUCUGGGUACUUGCCUGUGUUAAUGCCAGCCUCAGAUAUAAUGGCUGUUGCCUUUCUGCUUCUCCUCUGGGGGUAGCUAGCAUGGCUCUCUCCUGAUGCUGUUAGACUACAGCUUCCAUCAAUCUUGUGGGCUGCUGAUGGGAGUUUGAGUUCAGCAUCAUUUUGAGGGUGCCAUAUUGGCUACCCCUGUUUGACUUUAAACACUCGAUGUACUGAGUGCCUUGGAGGGAUAAUAAUACGAUUGACUGCCAACUAUGGUUGGUGUCCCAACUUGACCAACGCCCCCCUUACUCUAACCCAGCCUUUCUCAAGCUGUGGGUCCCCAGAUGUUGUUGAACUACAACUCCCAUCAACCCUAGCUAGCAAGGCCAGAGCUCAGGGAUGAUGGGAGUUGUAGUCCAACAACAUCUGGGGACCCACAGGUUGAGGACCGCUGCAGUCUAACCUGCCCUUUGUUAGCCAAUCCAGCAUGCCACAUAUACAGACAACCUGUCCUUAAUGCAUGCACUCUGCCCUCAUCCCAAGCAGAAGUUCAACUAAGGAAGAGUACAGGUCAUCUCUCUUUUUCUCCCCGUCCCUCUCUCUGAUGCUGUAUGAGAGCAAAAACAUCAUAUCUCUGUUGCAAGGGAUCUGAUUCUACUUUCUGUUGUUUGUAGAGUACUAAUGCUGAUCUGAUGUCACAAACCAUGAGCAUGAUUCAGCAACCAUGGAAACACUUUUUAAUUCCUGUUUAUUUCAAUGGGAAGGACAAGCAAUGGUGUGCUUAACAGUGCAAACCUAUGCAUGUUUGCCUGGUAGUGAGCACCACUGAUUUUGUACGUACAGCCCUAGCCAUGUCUACUCAGAAGCCAGUCCUACUGAAUUCUGGCAGAAUCUCUGAGAGUGGGGUUCGGUUUGCAGCCUAACUCUCCAGUCAAUGUACACAGAGUUACACUGCACAUACCUCCUUUUGAUAUCAGUAAGACCAUAACAGGACAAUCUUAUGCACAUCUACUCUCAGACCAAGUAAGUCUCGCUGAGUUCAAUGGGGUUUACUCCAAGGUAAGUGAGUCUUCUAGGAUCGCUCCCUAAAAUGCUGAGCUGGGUCAGUUCUAAAUUACGUUGCAACAAACUCACCAUUCCAGCCAUACUUCAGAACUAAAUUUUGAAUAUAUAUUUUUCAUAGUUUGCCUGUGAAAUAAUAGCUUUGAGGGACACUUUGAGGAAACUGAAUCUUAAACCUUGAUGAUGAAUUGUAGAAGCCGUUAUUAUGAGUUUGGAUGGUGCCCUGAGUCCCUUCCAAUUAUCGGGAU